ACCAAAGACACGUACGCGCAACAUCGCUGCUCCCCUUCUGCAAAGAUGGGUCUCCAAGCUUACAGUCAGAGACUCCAGCUGUCACUCAUCGAUAUCGGCGUUCAGCUAAUGUCAGACUGCAUGUGGAAAACGGCGAAGGCUCCGUUCCCGAUAAAUACGAGACAAGGACACCGCUGGAUGGAGGUGGACCUCCAGUGAUCAACAGAUCAGCAACUCCUCUGUUCACUCCCCCUGCGAGGAACAAGACGAGGGACCCGAAAGACAACGCUGGAGCCAAAUGGCACAUGUGAGCCGCUGACGUAUUUAUUAGCAAAUUCUCGAGCCGGUCAUAGAGAUAUGGACAAACUAGCGCUGAAGAUUUGGUUUUAAAAAGCCGAUACAGCUGUUAUCGGAGCUGGUGUGGGUUCGGUUCUUGUCAAGAUGACCAGACUAUUGUUUAGCAUCGCUGUAAUGGAAUGGGCCCGCAGGAAUUUUGGCACCGGUUUUACGCAACAGACCACAUAGUUGAAUCGACGUAGCUCGACCGAAGACAGAAUAGCGUGGCUGGCAUGGACAAAGACUGCUUACACAUCUCGUAGUGAUGCUCUGAGACAAAAUUGAGACACGAUAGUGAAACAUCCUGCUGGUUCCUCCCGAGAAGUGGAGCUGAUAAUCAACGGCGGGAUUCAAGUUUGGACCUCACCAAGUCCAAAACGACCUUCCCCUCCCAAAAAAAGGAUCAUCUUAUAUCUUAAAGCAUCCUCACAGACUCGCAUAGCGCUUUUCAGCUCCUGCGGUAUUAAAGAUACGCUGCUGUAAAAGAAGUCAUCUGUAAUCCUACAUGUGCUGUAUGGCCCCUCUAACGAAGGCUCAUCAAGAGUCUGUGAACAGGUGAGAGAGGGACACUGUCUGCCCCACUGUCCAGCGACACCAUGAGCUGGAGCUUCCUCACGCGGCUGCUGGAGGAGAUCCACAACCACUCCACCUUCGUGGGGAAGCUGUGGCUCACCGUGCUCAUCGUCUUCCGCAUUGUUCUUACUGCCGUUGGGGGAGAGUCCAUCUAUUACGAUGAACAGAGCAAGUUUGUCUGCAACUCAGGCCAGCCAGGCUGUGAGAAUGUCUGCUAUGAUGCCUUCGCCCCUCUGUCUCACGUCCGCUUUUGGGUCUUCCAGAUUAUCUUGGUGGCAAUGCCUUCUCUCAUGUACAUGGGCUAUGCUGUCAACAGAAUUGCACGAUUAGAUGAAGCCAAAGGAGGAGCUGGAUCUGCUGCUGUUAGGACAGGAGGAGGGGGCUACACUCACAGAAAACCUAGGAAAAUGUGCUUUGGAGCAAGACAGCACCGAGGCAUUGAGGAGACCGAGGAAGACCAGGAGGAUGAUCCCAUGAUCUAUGAGGUGCCGGAGAUCGAGCCACCAAAAAGGCCACGGGACCCACUCCAGCCCACACCCAGACCCAAAAUCCGACAUGAUGGGCGUAAGCGAAUCCGAGAUGAAGGGCUAAUGCGGGUCUAUGUUUUGCAGCUGGUGACUCGUACGGUGUUGGAGGCAGGUUUCCUUACAGGCCAGUAUUUGCUGUAUGGUUUCCGUGUGACGCCCAUAUUUGUGUGCUCAGGGAAACCUUGUCCACACAGUGUUGACUGCUUUGUGUCGAGGCCUACAGAGAAGACCAUUUUCCUGCGCAUCAUGUAUGGUGUCACUGUCCUUUGCCUCACACUCAAUGUUUGGGAAAUGCUCCAUUUGGGCAUUGGUUCCAUUUGUGACAUUCUUCGCCGUCGCCGCUGCCCACCUCAGGAGGAUGAGUACCAGCUGGGCCUGUUGGGUACCAGCGGGGGUGUGGAGGGCUCAGUAGGGGCAGCAGGUCCUGAGGCAGGUUCUGAGGGAGGCGUAGGAGGAGAUGGUGCUGCUGAUUAUGUUGGCUACCCCUUCUCAUGGAACACCCCGUCAGCUCCACCUGGUUACAACAUUGUUGUGAAGCCAGAACAGAUGCCCUACACAGAUCUUAGCAACGCUAAGAUGGCAUGCAAACAGAACAGGGCUAACAUUGCCCAGGAGGAGCAGCAGCAGUUUGGCAGCAAUGAGGACAAUUUCCCCACCGGAGGAGAGGCCCGUGUAGCCCUGAACAAAGACAUGAUCCAGCAAGCUCAUGAGCAACUGGAGGCAGCUAUCCAGGCCUACAGUCAGCAGCACCGGGCAGAGGAGCAGCUUGGGGACAACCAGGAUGACAAGCCCCAAAGUAACAUUAUCCAGGCCCAACCUCAGCCACAACCCCAGCCUCAGAAAGAGCGCAAGCAUAGAUUUAAGCAUGGGAAAGGCGGGAGCAGUGGAGGUGGAAGCAGCAGCAACAGUAGCAGCAGCAAAUCAGGAGAGGGCAAGCCCUCUGUAUGGAUUUAACCCCAGAAACAGUGACCCGUAUUGAAACCAUGUAAAUAUUAAGACUGGAUGAUGGGCUGUUGCAAUGUUUCUUGGAUAUUUAAACACCAUUAUGCCUUACAGAAUCCUGCAAGCUGGAGAAGAUGCGUAUUUGUGUAUAAUGGUGUGUAAAGAAAAAAAAGAGAGAAAAAAACAUGAAAAUGUGAUAUUGCAGCUGACAAAUUGUUUUGUCUGGGUAAUCACUGUAUAACUUGAAACAUCACACCAACACAAACUAUGUUAGGCUACAGUCUGUCGUUUACAUGUCUCGUUCUUCUCAAGUCCCAGAGCAGAUUAUUGACCUCUGUUUUCUUCCUGUUCACCUUUUCAGGAGAAUCCCAGGAUCAUAAUGUGUUCGCUUGCAAAAUUAGACUGAUUCCAAAUUUCGAUGACCACAAUGUGAAUGCAAUAAAAUGAUGCAUGAUCCAUGGUGCCGCCCAAAGGAUUGGCUUUAUAGUGCAGUGAGAAGAUCACCUUCCUGAAGGCUGUGUCCUGUCACUCAUGUUCCAUGUCUGCUUCAUUAAUAGUGUUAUAUUGCUGUGACUUUGCAUUUGACCGUGUGUUUGUAAAUGUUUGUUGUGUAUUUUUUGAUAACAGUAGUACACCAGCUGCUACAGAAACCUAUGAGUACAGCUGGUGGAUUUUUAUCCAGUCUACAUCUGAAAUUAUCUGUGAAAAAAUAAAUAAUAAGGUGCAGAAGCAAUUCAGAUUUUAUAGUUUAUUCUUAAAUUUCUCAUUUUCUCCUUACGGCUUUUCAUGGCUCAGUACCAUCGUUCCUCUAUCUGCCUUGUGUUUGGCUGCCCCCUGGUGGUGUCUUCAACGGGGCUUGAUACUGGGGAGAAGAUACCAGUUGCCAAUGCUACCUGCAUCCAGCAACACCUUAACCAGCUGUAAUGUUCCUUUUCUAUUGACAAUACUUGUGUCACUUAUGUCUUCCCAGUGCUACAAGUCCAGUGUUAGAUGCACAAGGCUGCAAUAUUACCACACUGUAAUGGAAAAGGUUUAAAGCCAUUACUAUAACACAGUGAGACCAAACACUGUUUGUGUGAUGCAAGUUGUCAGUGCCAAGAUUUUAUGCUAGGCUGCCAUGAAGCCUGGUUGUUUGUAGCUUUGGAAUACUGUGGCCAUGCUACUCCACUUGUGGAAAUAUGCCUAUGUGAGACCAACCCUUUUGUAAAAGUCAUUUUUCUUUUUUUUCCUUCUUUUUUUUGUACAACAAUAUAUACUGCAUUUUUUCAUAUGGGAUUUAAAAUGAUAAAACUUCAAAAUGGAGUCAAUUUUUAUGUUCCAGACAGUGUUUUAUAUGAAAACACUCUGUUUUUCAAUAAAGUUUUGUUUUGUUUUGUAAAAUAAAUAAACAAAAAACAAGAUCUUUUGAAAAUGAAUUAGCUGUAAGAAUAUUUAUGUCUAUUGUGAUUUAAAUUGCCUUCUAAUUGUAAAAAAAAAUGUUAAAUACGACAUAGUAUAUUUUUAUAAUAUGUUAACUACAGUGACUUAAAGAAGUAAAGAAAAAAAAAAAGUAAGUCUUUUCCUUGUAUGUUGCCAUAUCAGUAUUUAAUGUAUGUAAAAAACCUCUGGGCUGUAUUUUAAUAAACAGUGUCACUCCUUUU